GUAUCUAGCUUCCUAGAAUUACGUUACCUUAAGUAAAGUUACUAUUCUUUGAUUUGACAGUCGACGAUCAGUGGUUUAAAACAUUACUUAAGUUCAGCCUAUUCACUUCUGCGCAUUCGUGAAAGUGAAAAAUCCGAGCAACGUUUUUGAAAUAGCCUCCCCGGAAAUAAGUUAGGUGAUUUAAAAAAAAUUUAAUACUCACUCGCUACUUCUAACCUUCUCAAAAUUAAAAGCAUCAUGUAUUUAAUUGUUUUUAUAUUAUCUACAAUCAAUGUAGUCAUUGGUGAACAGUGCACUCAGCUUAGUAAUUGCAUAUGUAAAUUUACGAAUGGUAGUGUCAUAGAUCUGACCAGCUUGGGAUAUCAGAAUGAAGCCAGGUUUAAACGUAUAGGACGAAAAAAUUCGUAUUUUAAAUUCUACUACAAUCCUUGCUUUCCUUUUACUCUUGGCGGAGCAUGUAUUGAUGUAUCAGUUUGUCAAGUUGGGCCCUCCUCCUCCAACAAUGAAGCUGAAAACUGGGAUUGCGGCAACAGCAAUAAUGAAUUUAUUUGGAAUACAACACACAAAACGUUUACUUUAGUGUAUACAGCACACAGUCAGCACCCACGUAGAAAAACAAUUGUCAACCUUAAAUGUGACGAAGAAGCAAUAACACCAAUUUUAGAGUUUGAAAAAGAGCUCCCUGAGACCAUGGUUUAUGAAAUGACUUUAACAAGCAGAUGUGCAUGUCCUGAUCUUUGCCAAGUUAGUGAUCUUUGCUAUGUUGCUCCUAAAUCUGCUAGCCCUGUUUCUACUAGUCCUGUUUCCGUUAGUCCUGUUUCCGCUAGUCCUGUUUUGCCUUAUCAAUUUGUUCUACAUAUUUGUGUCAUUAUGUCUCUUACAAUGAUAUUAGAACUGAUUUUUCACAACUAGUCCUGAUGGUCAUGGAAUACUUGGAUUGAGUGAUCGCAAAGCAGAAAUUGCAUAUGAAGUGCAAAAACUUUUUCUUUCAGAUAUGUUAAAGCUGGAUUUUAAAAACAUUUUCUUAUUUGGAGAUUUAUAUUUGAGUAUGCUAUUAUACAAACUAUUUUUAUAACUUCUUAACUGAAAAUUAUACUUCUUGAGAAAUAAAUAAUAAAAUAAUGUUCAUAAUGUUAUACUUGUUUACAAAUAAAGAAUUAGAAAUUAAGCUUUC